UUUUUUGACUUGUCUUAAAAAACACCAAUUUUUGGAUCUAAAAAUGGAUGCAGCAAAUCAUUUUUUGUCUAACGACACAAAACCCCCCAAAACUUCUUUAAUUCUAAAUUCAAAUCAAUUGGACGAAUUAACAAAUCAAUUAAAAAUUUUAAGUAUUGAUGAUUUGUCCAUAAACAAAAUUGUGGAAAAUUUAAAAACUAUUAAAACGGAGCCACAUGUGUUUGUUGAAUUACAAGAUUUUAUUCAAAAAAAUGGAUUGUUUGGUUUUGUGUUAAAUCAAAUGACCAAUUGUACUUUUGACUUGAACAAAUUGGUAUGUUCAAUUUAA